UGAUGUAGGAGUCGGGGCUGAAGGUGAAUCAGCCGGCAUCAUUCGCGGUGCGUCUGAACGGAGCAAAAGGUCACGUGGAUGCUAAAGUUCACAGUCCGUCCGGAGCCCUGGAGGAGUGUGUGGUGUCUGAACUAGAGCAAGACAAGUACGCCAUCCGUUUCAUCCCACGAGAAAACGGCAUCCACAUGAUUGACGUGAAGUUUAACGGGACGCACAUCCCAGGCAGUCCGUUCCAGGUCCGCGUGGGAGAACCGGGACAGAGCGGCGAUGCAGGCCUCGUCACCGCUUACGGUCCCGGGCUGGAAAGAGGAAGCACAGGUAACCAGGCCGAGUUUAUCAUCAAUAACACCAAAGCAGGAGCGGGAUCUCUGGCCGUCACCAUCGAGGGCCCGUCGAAGGUCAAGAUGGAGUGUCAGGAGUGUCCCGAAGGCUUUAAAGUGCACUACACACCAAUGGCCCCUGGGAACUACGUCAUCACUAUCAAAUACGGCGGCCCUAACCACAUCAGCGGAAGCCCGUUUAAAGCCCGAGUCACAGGGCCACGGCUGGUGAACGUGACGAACGCCAGUGAGAUGUCCACUCUGACGGUGGAUCCGGUGAACCGGGCGAGGAGCACGUCUCCCAGAGCCGCUUCUGACGCCAGUAAGGUUCUCAGUCGAGGUCCUGGUCUCAGCAAGGCCUUCGUGGGCCAGAAAGCGUCUUUCUCUGUGGACUGCAGUAAAGCAGGGAAGAACAUGCUGCUGGUCGGCGUUCACGGUCCUCUGACGCCCUGCGAGGAGAUCCUGGUCAAACACACGGGAAACAUGCAGUACAACGUCAGCUACGUCUUAAAGGAGCGGGGCAGCUACAUUCUGGCUGUGAAGUGGGGAGAUGAGCACAUCCCAGGCUCCCCCUUCCAAGUCACCGUCCCAUAAUCCCCCUGGUGUUAAUCAGAAACACUCCUGAUGGAGAAAAAGACACUGUACAAUAACAACUAGAAGACCUUCCUCAUUCUGUUGAACUUUGCACUUGAUCAGGUUUUUGACUGGAAUGUGACGCAUUGUGACACUAAUGUUGACGGCAUGUUGCAUGAAUCCAUCUCUUGAUUUAGUUCAGCAUUGCGAGUCUAAAGAUGAGUGUUGAAAAGUUAAAAGACGGUGUAUGAACAAACCAGUCAGGGUUUCACACCCAAUCACUCUUUACUACUGAUAUUGACUCUAAUCGCUCGUCUCUUUCUAACAAUACUCACACUUUUAAUGCACAUUUUAUAACCUUUCCAUGUCUAUGUUUGAUUCUCGCUGCAUGUACCCAAGUGUGACAUUCAUUCGCUCAUAAAUCAAAGUUUCAUGCAUCACUUCAAAUCAAGCGAAGUGCAUUCAUUGAGUGUAUUUAUCUUAACGGUUUCACUGCUACAUAUUGAAUAGUUUUCAUGAGAAUGACCGUAUGUAUCAAGAUUUUAGACUCCAGAGAAGUCACAGUAAUAGAUUUAUUCAGGUAUUUCACAUUCUUUGUCUUAAUUCUACUAGUUUUGAUACUCCAGUGGUGUGAAGUAUUUUGUGUUUUAAGGGCAAGAGGGGACUUUUAAUUGUAUUUUGUAUUUAACCAUUGGUGCCUUAUUGUGAAACCUUUGAAUAGAUUCAAUGUAAAUUUUGCUUAUUAAAACUGACUGGAAUAAAGAAUUCAAGAUUUAAGAA